GAAUAAUGCUUCUCCAACAUUGCAGUGGCAUAUUUUUAAAUACAUAAUUUUUUAUAAAAGUAUUUCUUACAUAGAUUUUAAUUUGCGUUUUUAUGUGUAUUUAUACAAAUUAAUUAUGUUUUAUGAGUUUAAUGUAUUUAAUAUAAGUCAAAAAAUAGCAAUUGUUUAUAUUAAUGUAAAUUAGAAAGGUGAUAAAAAAUAUACUAAAACGCCAUCUUUAUUUGAUUACAAUCAAAAGAUUUAAAUUAAAAAUUACCUUUUGUUUUGUAUAUUAGUUUUUAAUAUAGUAAAAAGUGGAACAAAGUUCGGUUUUUUAUAAUAUAAAAUAUAUCAUCAAAAUGUCGGUAAACAAAAAUAGUCAAACUAUAAAAGGAAAUAUAUCUGCAAAUGAAACUACGCCUACAACAAAAGGAGUUAACAAUUUGGUAGUGCGUAUCGAUCAAGAUUCAGAUGAUAAUUUGCAAGCUUUAUUUGACAGUGUGCUUAAUCCUGGUGACUCAAAGCGUCCUUUACAAGUGCCUUUUCGAAUGCGAAAACUUCCAAACUCGUUUUUUAAUCCUCCAGCAGUUAGUGCGAGAUCGCCAUCAGUAUCGCAUUCACGAGCUAAUAGUGCCGAUUCCGCUUAUGAUACUGGAUCUCAAUCAAAUGUGAAUCAAACAACAAAUGUUACCCCGCCCACUACAUCUCAAACUUCAUCGCCUCACACUACUGUUGCUCAACCUCCGACAAUUCCAAGUAAAUUACCAAUAUGUCAUUCACGUGCCCACAGUAGCCCAGCUUCUCUUCAACAAACUUAUGCUAUACAUUCAAGUAAUAUGAGUGGAGAACCCGGGGCGUGUGUACCAGAAAGUGGUCCGACAGGUUUUACAACUGGACUUGUAAAUUUUCCACCUGGUAUAAGCGCAUCAAAUAAUAACGAAAUUGAGCAAAUGACCCAACCAACUGCACCAGUUCAAACAUUUCACAUGAAACAACGUUCUUAUGAUUUCGUAAGUCCUAUUCAAUUACAAAAUGACUUGGGUCCAUUACCAGCUGGUUGGGAACAAGCCAAAACAAACGAUGGCCAAAUUUACUACUUAAAUCACACAACAAAAACUACGCAAUGGGAGGAUCCAAGAAUUCAACUAAAACAACAGCGCACAGCGCACCAAGCAAUUAAUUUUGCUAAUUUAAGAGCUUCCCAGAGAGAAACAGUAUCUCUUACAGAUAAUCUGGGUCCUUUGCCUGAAGGUUGGGAGCAGGCAUUAACGGAAUCCGGUGAUGUUUACUUUAUUAAUCAUAUCAAUCGAACAACUUCAUGGAAUGAUCCUCGAAUACCAGCCGAUUUUUUACGAAAAAAUUUGAAAGUCUCUAAACCCGAAAUAAAUUGGAUGGACUUGCAACAUACUGAAAAAGAACAAGAAUUUUUUAAACAAAAACCCGAACAGAUUGCGCCAUUAGCUAGACAUCCUGUUAAUCUACAAAUGGAUCCAUUCCUUUCUGGCGAUAAUCACGCUCGACAAGAAUCGAGUGACAGCGGUUUAAGUUUAUCAUCAAAUACAUUUUCAGUUAAUUCGGAAUUUAUAACACAUAUAGAUGACAGCAUGGACUGUAUUAGUGAAAAUGGUAUAAAUUCUUUAGAUUGUCCAGACAAUUUAGUGUCUUCUUUACAGUUGGAAGAUAAUAUAUGCAAUGAAAUGUUCGAUGUUCGCAACAUGUUAAGUUCAUCUUCGACCAAGCCAGAUAAUUUGGAAUGGUAUAAAAUAAAUUAACAUUUAGUACACGUAAAAUUGUAUUAAAUUACGAGUUAUUUUUUAUAUAUUACAUUUUUUCAAUUUUAAUAAAUAUGGUAUGCGAUAUAAUAUAAUCACC